GGAAAGUAUGGAUACAUCAAUCGGAGAGAAUAAAGCCCAGAUCAUCAGCAUGGAAAAGUCUCUCUUGAAGAAGGUUAAAAGCCAAGAUUGUAGGAUGCGGAUAAACGCCCUUGAAAAGUUUUCCUUUUCAGACUCUAGAGGAGAUUUUCCGGAUGAUCAACUUCAUUUAAAUUUUAAGAAUGUUAAUGAUGAGAAACUUGCAUGAAGCCUCAACUCUCAAAAGUUUUAUGAUAUAAAUGCAAUCUAUUUAUUUGUGGACACAAGCAAAAAUAAGCAUUUGACUGAUUUCUUAACAUCCUGAUUCCCAAAUAAAACUAAUUAUCUUGGUGCUUGGACCUCCCAUUGAACCAAGCUAGAUAGGUCUAAUUACUUCAACUUGCUGGUGAGUCACAACUCUAAAGUUGUUCGCAGAGUAGAAUUUAACCGUGUCAAGCUUAGCUUUCGUUGACUAAAGAGGUUGAUAGCCGCUUACAGACAUGUGAGAGUCUUGACAUUAUCAAAUUUAAAGUUGUCUAUUCCAAGUGUUCCUGAUUUUUCAAAGGCUCUUACAAAUUGUCAGAUAAAAACCCUUAUUUUAAGAUACUCAGGAUGGUCUGAUUGAAGUAACUGAAGGAACAACCGUGAUCAGUUCAAGAACUUGAUAAAAGGGUUAGCAAGUUCUCCAGAUUUAAGAUUGAGUCUUAGAAUGGUAGAUAUUCACUACUGUGGAAUAUACCAAAAUGACGCUGAAGAAAUCUUUACAGAAAAUCAACUUGGAAACGUUAAAAUAAUUGGUGGAGAAUAA